AUGGCGUUAUUGGUGGGCCUACUGGACAAGCUUCGUGCUCAAUCUCAGAACCAACUUGCUGUGGUUGUGGUAAUAAUUUUCGCCCUUGUCUUGCGAUUCAUUCUUCGAUUACGGCCCUCGCUACCCUCAAAUGCUCCGGAACUCUACAAGGGCCAUAAUGCCGUCUUUGGCCUGCAUCCAUUCUCAUCAUCCCGUGCCGAUUAUUUGGAAAGGGGAGUAAAGCAGAGCAGCAAUGGACAUUUUAGCUUCUGGUACGGCGGAAAUCACAUUGUGGUCUUGUCUGGUGAAGCAGCGAGGACAAGUUUUCUGACUGCCAGAGGGCUGGAUCCCAGUGCUGGGUUCAUGGCACUUUUUGGAGCAUUUCUCAAUGUCGACGAGUUGACCAGUGCCAACACGCGGAAGAGCUCACUUGUGUACAAGCGAUGUGCGCAAGAGGAUCACCUGUCGACGAACUUACACCAUCUUGUAACCGACUCGGACAACGCGCUCCGGAAAAUUGGCGUCGCGGGUGUAAUUGACCCUCUCAAGUUCAUAGGAUCUCUCAUCUAUCAGCUCACGCAUCGUAUGGCUGGGGCGCAUGAUAUUGCCAGCGAUCCUCAGUUGCUGCAAAAGACCUUGAACGUUUAUGGUCCGUUGGAAGAUAGCCCGUAUAUUGAUGUCUUGUUCCCCUGGCUACCCACUCCCUCCAAGCUCGGGAAGAUGGUUGGAUAUGCGAGACUUCACUUUACUAUCCAGGGUAUCGUCAAGAAGCGGCGAGCAGGGGCCAAACGAGACACGGAUAUGUUGCAAAAGACCAUUGAUGAGGGUUUCAGCGAUGGCAUGAUAUCACUGAUCGUCAUUGGUGCCAUCCUUGCGGGCGUAUUCAACACGACUCUUGCGACUACUUGGAAUUUAUGCUGCCUGGCAAAGAGCCCAGCAUGGCUGGCAAAAGUCAAGAAAGAAGUCAAUGACACUAUUGAUAGACAUCGAUUAUCAGACUCGGAGCCUCUUCUGGACGUUUUUCAACGUUUCUCACUCAAAGAAUGGGAAACUCAAUUUCCUAUUUUGCAGUUGACCAUAAAAGAAAGCAUUAGAUUUACAAUGGCAGGAGCUGUUGUGCGCAAGAAUAUCAGCGGAAAGGACAUGUCCAUUGGAGGCACUCAUCAGGUUGUGCCUAAUAAUAGUCUUGCGAUUCACGCUACAGCAGAUGCUCAUAUGAGUGAGGGUAUCUACACCGAGCCCCUCAAAUGGGAUCCGGAUCGAUUUUCUGGAGCCAGAGCAGAAGGGGUAAAUGUUCCUCAUUCCUAUCUAGGUUGGGGUUCAGGGAAUCACCCUUGUCGUAAUAUUUCCAACUUUGCCGAGCUGAAUGUUGUGGUAGCUAAUGUUUUGUUCAUCGCCUCUUAUGACUUCCACAUGUGCGACAAAACAGGAAGAAAGAUUGAUGAUCCCCUCCCAGACUUGAUUUACAAUCGAAUGGGCGCAGGGCGGCCGAGGGCGGAGAUGUACAUGAAGUGCCAAGCCAGAAGCUGA